AUGGGCAUCCAUGCUGUUAGCGUCAUGCUAGAGGCUCUCAAUAGAGAUGCCCAACAUGCUACUAUCGCCAAGUUCAUUCAAAAUGAACUUGACGCCGAACGCGAGAAAGUAGCCUUGCUUCACCAACAAGGUUCUCAACAAGCAGAGUUGUUGAGAGAACAUGUUGUUCAACAGUUUGAACUGUUGAGACAGCAGCAGGCUGCUGCUGGUGGGUCGAUGCACUCGCGUCGACCCGAGACCUUGAAGAUUGACAUCUCCAAGUAUAGGGGAGUCGAAGAGGACUCCCUCUUGAGAUGGUUCGUCGAAUUGGAUGACGCCAUAAGGGCGCGUCGCAUCGACGACGGGGAUAUGCAAGUUGCAUUUGCCCAGUCAAAUCUGGCAGGACGUGCCAAGACUUGGGCACUGGGGCUCAAGCUGCACGACCCAUAUGCGUUUGGGUCGUUGGAAGUCUUCAAGUCGCGGCUCAGACAAACGUUUGAACCGCUUAGAGCUGAGUUCAGAGCUCGAACCGAACUCUUGAAGCUCAAGCAGGGUAAGCGUGAUGUGCACGCUUACGCGCAACAUAUACGACAUCUCACGAGUUGUAUAAGUUCCAAUCCGGUGGAUAAAAACACGCUGGUUUCGGUGUUCAUGCAGGGUCUUGCGGAUGGUCCCGUCAAGACUCACCUGUUCCGGCUUAAACUAGAUUCACUAGAACAAGCCAUUUCCAUUGCGGAGCAGGAAGACUUCAGUCUGAGACAGGCUCGCGCCAGCUCGACAUCAUAUCGUCAACCGAGACUAUAUGACAACGGAGGUCCAGAGCCGAUGGAACUCUGUUAUGUAGAGAGCGAGAAGGCUCGCUCUACAGGCUACAAGAAGUUGCAGAGAUGCAAAAGAUGUCAAAAGACAGGACACUAA